UGUUUAUUUUCGUUGUUCAUUCUUCAGAAAAUUAAAAAUGAAAUUAAAAUGAAAGUUUUCUUAAAUUCUGUUCGUUUUCUAAUUAUAUCGUAGUAAAAGAAAUAAUAAUAAUAUCAUAUUCGAUCCAUCGAAAUGAUCUAAACUUUCCACAAUGGACGGUAAUCCGGGAAUAAGUCUGUUCCAGAAUUCCGAAUUCAACAGGUUAGAGUACAAUUUACCUGAGCCAGAGGAAUUGGAAGCUGACGAAGAUGAAAAAAGACGAAAUGAAGAGUUGAAGGAAAUGAUGCAAAAUGCAUUCGAUGAUCUCGAAGAUGAGUCUCAUUCUGUGGUAACUUCGUAUUACGAUUCAUCGCAUGGUUGUGAAUCGAAUUUUCGAAAACAUCCGAAAGAUCAGAAACACUUGAGCAAUGAAUCUCCAGUCAGCAUUCCAAAUUUCAGUCCUCGAUACAGAUCACCUGGUUACGAUAACUAUCAGCAGCUGCAAGUGUUGUAUGAAGUUCGUCUUCGUGAAAUCGAUCAGUUACGAAAUGACUUUGAAAGUUUUAAAGAAUCGUCUAACAAAGAAAAAGCUUACUUUUCUGAGAAAGUCGAUCUGCUGGAAGCAGAAAAACAGAGAACUUUGGUAACACUCGGAGAAUCACAGAAAACACUCGUCGAAACAAAAACACGUUUAUCUACCGCUGAAAAAGAUCUUCAAGAAUGGAAAAGCAGAUAUUCGGAAGCAGAAAACUUGAAAAAUAAAGCUCUUCAUGAAUUAGAAAUGUGUAAACUUGCAAACCGUGAAAUGGAACAGAGACUAGUUGUGGCUGAAAAAAACGUAUUCAGAAACGAAGACAAAAAUUUUGAUAUUUUUCUGAAAGAAGUUAACUCGAAGCAUAAACGAGAAAUGGCCGAUCUUCAAAAACAAAUCACUUCGUUGUCGAAUAAAUUAAUGGCUAAAGAAAACGAAUGUUUAAAAUUAGAACAUCAACUCUUGGAUCUGCAACGAAUUCACGAAUCUAUGCUCGUAGAAAAAACCGAAAUAAUCAACAAAUUAACUUCCAACUUGGAAGAAAGUCAAUCCCAGUGCCAUAAAUUAAUAUCAAAUUCUACCAACCACGAUACUGUCAAGUUAUUAAAUCAAUUGAGAUCGCAAAAAUCCGAAAUAAAUUCACUUUCUAUACAAGUUACCGCAUUAAAGAAAGAACGAAACCAACUCGCCGAACAUUUACAGAGAUUUAAAUCUGAGAAAAUAUCUCACUAUAAUUCAAUUCAAAACGAAUCUCGUGAAGAAAUCCAAGAACUGGAGAGAAAACUACAAGAAAUAUCCCUAGAAAACAAAAAUCUCAAAGAAACGAUUUCCAUCAAUGAUUCGAAUGCUAACAAGAAAAAUAAUGUUUUGAAAAUAAUCGAAGAUAAUGUAACUGCGGAUUUAAAACAACAAAUACUGAAACUAGAGUCAGAACUGGAGGAGAGUGUUAAAGAAUGUGAUAAUGUGAAAAAAAUGUAUAUUGAAGUUUGUGUUACCAAAGAUUCGCUGCUGAAGCAGAAUAGCUCUAUUGAAAAGGAAGUAGCCGAUUUAAAGAAAGAAAAAAAUGAAAUGAAUGGAUUAAUUCAGAACCUUAUUAAAGAAAAGGAACAAUUGAUAGAAAAACUCAACGCAUUGGAAACUGAAUUAAAUGAUCAGAAAGAAAAAUUGGAAACUAUAAUCACCAGUCACGAAGACGAACUACGAAAAGUUACUGAGAAGCAUAUUCACGAAUUAGAUAAUUUAAAACUCUCCCUAAAGAACGAAUUCUCUAAAAACGAAGUAUUCCAUCAAGAUCAACUAAGUAAACUGGAACUAGAAUGCGCUAAAAAGAUUUUAGAAAUAGAAAGCUCCCAUAAAACACAACUGUUACAAAUGGAAGCCAACGUAAAAGAGGAAGCAGUGAGGAUAUGUUCGGAAGAGAUUCAAAUUCUAAGCGACUCGUAUAAAAAACAAUACGACGAAUUAAUUCUCCGUAGCUUAGAUUUAGAGCACCGUUUACAAGAGAAAACAGCAAAUUACGAUUCGUUGAAAAAACAAAUGGACGCGUUGAAGUCCUUCGAAGGAGACGACGAGAAAAACGAGUUGAAGAAAUUGAGAGCUAAUUUGAAAAACAUUCAAACGAAAUAUGACUCCGAUCUAGUCGAGUGGAAUGAAAAGCUCGCGCAAUCGAAUGAAAAAUACGAAAAACUGCGUGCUGAUUUCCAAGAAGUUUACAACAAGUAUAAAAAAGCUCGAAAAGCAGCUACCACUAUGAAGGAAACAUUGGAAGAACGUAAUCGAUAUUUUAGUGAAAAACACGCUCAAUACAUGCAGACCAUAAAAGAUAUCUCGUAUCAUUUGAACGAUAUCCCUAAUUUCAAGUAUGCUGAAACUGACGUUUCCCAUCAUUUAAACGAUAUUCCAAAUUUAAUGUGUGGUGAUCCUAAAACAGCUCCGGAUAAUUGGUUAGAAUCUGGCCCCCCUAUCGCAGAAUUUGAACGCGUUGUGAACGAAAUUAACGAGAAUUUUGCUCGAUUGCAGAAAAAAUUAGGAUUACGGUCGUGAUCUUUCGGUAAUCGGUCCUAGUUGAGUUUAAGCAUCGUCAUCGUAAAAUCGUAGAAAUGAAAAUGCGGAGGAGGUAUUUUGUUUGUUUGAGUAAUCUUCUCGGUGAAAUUCUUGAAAACUAUUUAAAUGGAUAAUAUAUUUCAAUUGCAGAAUAAUUUUAAUGUCAAUUUUCGACGUAUUCUCUUUUAUUUUUAGGCAUUUUAAAAUGUAUUCUCAAAGGAAUGUUUUUUUCAUUUUGCAUUGUCUAUAGUUUAUUUUUGAGUGCUUGUACCGCCUUAGAUAUUUUUUUAAUAAUCGUGAUAUUUGUAAAAUUUUAUAAAAUAUAUGUAUUUUGCUUCUUGGUAA